AUGGCAGACGCAGGUGACAACUACGAUGUUGGAGGCAUGUUCAAUGACCCAGAGGGGUUCUAUGAGCCAGAGCCAGAGCCCACCUUUGCCGAGCACCCGAUGUGUUCGGGGGAGGGUAACCUUCUCUGGAACGCCGGCCGAAUGAGCGCAUUCUACAUCGAAGAGCGAGCCCACGACCUCAUCCAAGGCAAAGAUGUGCUGGAGAUUGGUGCUGCAGCUGGUGUGCCCAGCAUUGUCAGCGCGAUCAAAGGGGCCCGAACGACCGUCAUGACUGAUUACCCCGAUCCUGAUCUUGUCGAGAACAUGCGCCACAAUGCGUCUUUGUCCGCCUCUAUGAUCCCGAAGCAUUCCUCCCUCUACGUCGAUGGAUACAAAUGGGGCAACACUGUCGAGCCACUGAUUGCAUACCUCCCUCCAGGAGAGAACCGCUUCGAUGUUCUCAUCAUGGCGGAUGUGGUGUAUAGUCAUCGUGAGCAUGGGAACUUGAUCAAAACCAUGCAGCAGACUUUGAAGAAGUCGCGCGAGGCUGUUGCGCUGGUCAUCUUCACACCGUAUGAGCCGUGGCUUCUGCCGAAAACGGAGAAGUUCUUCCCGCUGGCUGAGGAAAAUGGGUUCCAGGUAAAAAAGGUUUUUGAAAAGCUUAUGGACAAUGUGUUGUUUGAGAAUGACCCCGGGGAUGAGAAACUUCGACGGACCGUUUUUGGAUACGAGAUUCGAUGGAGUGAGGAUGAAUUGAAAUAA